AUGACAGCAAAAUCCAGGUACCCAGAUCUGGGCAGAUCAUCUGCAAUGUUUACCCAAUCCUCCCUACCGACCAACGAAGAGUUACCAUUCCUUCCCCCAUUACCUGAUACCCCUCAACACGCCUACAAGUCAUAUCUCUCUCAAGAUUACGUGCUCAACGCCAAGACACCCCUGACUAGGCAAUUAUGGGAAGAGCGAUCAAAUUCACCUGUCGAGACUAGUGCUGGUGGAAUGAAAAGGACUGAGAGUUCGAGGAAAUGGGAUGUAGAAGUUGAUUAUCCUGUUUUGACUACUCGACAAAGUGUGUUCAACACCCCUUUACCAAUCAAUAGGAAUCCGAGUGGGGAUUACUUCAAGCCUGCUAGCAGGACACCGUCGCCGCCUAAAGCCAAAGACCAAUCACCUACACCGGAAAUCAUCGAUAAACAGUUCAUUCAAUAUGAUCAGGUUCCGACACCUCAUCUUCAAAUGAACUCUGAGAUCCCUAAUACGGAGAAACUGGCUGGUGAUCAAUCGGUGCCAUUUUUCAAAGCCAUAGAUAGCAUGAAACCUACACGAUCACCCGCCAAAGCAGCUGACUGCCCACAACAACAACCCAGAAUAUCAGCCUCAUUCAACCUUCCGACUUAUAUUGCUGAAGCCUCUCUACUCGCAGAGGAAUCAUUGAUGGGUGGAGGAGCAAGCAGUGCAGAUGGUGAUAGCUUCCAUUUGGGCAUAGAUAAGCUUAGACCCAAGAGGCUUUCAAGUGAGGAGAGAGAAGAAUUCGGGGACAGUGCAUCACUCUCAGAUACACCCACAAAACCACUUUCGACCAAAUCUACCUUCCUAGAUCCACUUCAACAUCAAAACCCUCUUGAUCAAUCUACUCUCUUACCUCGCUCCCCAGCGAAGACGUCUCACCUGCUCGAAGUCAAAAAUGCCAUUUCCAACGUCGAACCUCCUUGGUCAGACGAUUCUCAGCUGUACGGAUCUUCCAUUUCGUCAAGAGAAAACUCCAUCUCACCUGAAAAAUACUCCUCUCCUUAUAGAACACUCUCGUCCCUACCUCAUUCCGCUGGUAUGAGAGGGUUUCCAACAUCUUCAUCGUCACACUUAGUGGUAGCUCCUCUCCCAAAGACCAAGAGGACUUUCCCUGCAUCCUCGUCGGGUCAAUCAUUAUCUUCAGUCUGCGAAGACGAAUACCACUUCGAGGGGGAAGUUAGUACCUUAUUACCUGUCAGUCCUAUGAAGACUGCUCAUUUGUUGACAGAUGCGGAGAUGAUCAGUAAAGAAAAGUUAGAAGAAGGACAGGAUGCCAGGUUCAGAUUACCUUUACCUACUAGAGCUACACCUUACAAACCUUCUUUAAUGGGUAAGACACCUAGGAAGUCACCUCCUGCCAAGAUGAGCCCUAUCAAAACUAUUGUCACGGCUCAUAAGUAUCACCCCACUCAGAGGGAUGUAAGGGACGAACAAGGCGAUAUCACAUUAGAUGUCAAGGAUUUAUUGGCAAAAAUGAAUAAACCGAAAAGAGCUUCUGGGACAGAAGAAAGCUUUGUGGAUUUGUUGCAUGAUGAGUUUAUGCCUGAUGGAUUGGAUGCCUCUAUGAUAGGCCCUGACGAAUCGAUGUUGCCUCCCUCACUCCGCCCGCGAGGACACCGAGGGAACAGCACAAGUCCUAUCAAAACUUCUUCAUACGCCAGUCCUAUACGACCAACCAGAACUCCAGCAGCGGCGUUACCUGUCACUUUGAGAACGAUCGAAGUGGCCGUAGCCGAAACCUCAAGUCCGAUCAAGCAGUUCCCUUCUUCUCAGACAACUCACAAUCUCGCUAGGCAGGCUGAAGAACCAUCUGGAGAACCGAAACAACAGACUAUCAGCCGAUCAAAGAGUCUUUCGAGAGUAGCAGAGAUCAUCGAGCGAGUCAAAUCUGAACGAGCUGCCACUCAACAUACUCAACCCCCGAAAGCUGGGAAUGACCAUGAGAAAGAAGAAGUGUUAGCUGCCUCGCCUCCUAAAACCGCCAUUAGGACUCGAACAUACACUAGCGUUAGAACACCAGCUACUUCCACCGCUAGACCGAGGAACAGUAUGAUGCCUCCUCCAGCUACUUCAAAAAAGAUAUCUCUUUCCGCUGGAGCUUUACCCAUGCCUGGGAGCGCAUCACACAAAUCCGUCGACUUACCUCCUGCUAGGACUGCUCCUCGAGUUUCGACGAUAGCAAGCAAACGACCGACCACCACGACCACUACCACGACCACUCGACCUACAGCUACUACCACUUCUGCAAGAUUGGCUACUACUGGUACUGCCAAAGCACCUGUAUCCUCUCAAACCAGUAUGGCGCCUCCUACUUCCCGAGUUGAUCCUAGAGUUCGUCCUGGCUCAAUAUCCAGUACUGUCUCUUCCUCAGCUAUGAUUCCUUCGCUUCCUACUUCAAGAACGACCAGACCAUCUACCACAGUAGCUUUACCCUCUACUGGAUCAACCACUACCACCAUAAGCUCUAGAGUCGCCAGACCAUCGACUGUUAGUCGUCUCAAUGGAUUACCAAAAUCCGCUGAUGGUCCCACUGCAAGAUCUGCACCUGCGCCUGUGCCUAGGUCAACGAGGGUAUCAAGACCGUUCGGUACCGAUGCUACGUCAGCUACUAAUCGAACUUUGAAUUUACCAUCAAGAGCAAGUAAAAUGUCAACUGGACCUUCUUCGAGUACUGCGAGAUCAGCGGAGGGUAUGAAAUCCAGGGCGAUGUCUACCCCUGCUUCGGCCACUGUAUCUAAGGCUACAAAUACAGAUAGACCUCCUCUACCUACUUCUCGAAUUACUCGACCCUCUACAAUUGUUACCACUGCGGCAAGAGAAGGUAUGAAGAAAAGCUCGUUACCGCCUCCAUUGACUGGGACAAGCGCAGGUGUACAGAGAAGCAGGAUUGGAAGUACUACUACCAAUACUGCCACAGGAGGAUUACCUAGACCUUCGACCAAACCUACCUCUACGGCAGGAAAAGGCUCCGCACCGCCCACUUCAACGGGUACGAGUGCAGGUGCGGGAGCAGGGACGGGGUUGAGUGCGCUCAGAGAGAGGUUGGACAGGUUACAUGCUAGGCAAGUUAGAUGA